AUGCCGUGUCGAAGUCGCGUGAUGAGACCCAUUAAGUCUCGGCGCAAGUCACCGAGCUGCGCCGUGUGCCAGGCGACCUGCUUCGCAAGUGAUAAACUACUCCGAAAUAACAAAAUAAAACAGAAAACAUUCAAAGCGGGCAAGAAGCGCGAUACGAAACAGCAAGCUAAGCAGCAGCUGACUAUGAGCGCAUGCCCGGUGUGGCCUUGUAGAGGCGUG